UAAAAUAUAUUAGAAAGAUUUGUUAAGGAUUAAAAGAAAAAAAAAUGGAAAAUAUAUCAAUGUUGAUAUAAAAAAUAAUUAAAUUGAUUUUUACUGUUUAAUUUAAAAAAAAACAAAGUUAUAAAAUAAACCAAUAAUAAAACAAAAAAAAUCUACCAUAUAUGAUAAAAUUAGGAAUGACUGUAACUGGUAUUCGCUCAACGAUGACGAGCCCGACGGUUCCUCCAUUAUCAUCGACAUCACCCCAACAGACGACAACAACCACAACAAAUCAAUCGUCACAUCAUCAUCAAAUACAACAUCAUAAUCAUCAUCUUCAUCAUCAUAGUAGUAGUCAUCAACAACAAAAGUCUAACUCCAGAAUAAGUUUUAGUGUUGCAUCUUUAUUAGCUGAUACAAGGCCGAAAUCACCUAAUGGGAAUAAUAAUAAUAAUGAAUGUUCUGAUUUACCAACAAAUUUAUCUACAACAGCAUCAACAACGACAACAACACUAGCAACAUCACCUCAAUCAAAAUUACAUCAAAAUAAUAAUAAUAGUAAUAAUAAUAACAAUAAUAAUAAUAGUAAUAAUAAUAGUAAUAAUAAUAACAACAAUAAUAGUAAUAAUAAUAACAACAACAAUAAUAAUAACAAUAGUUGUAAUAAUAAUAAUAAUAAUAAUUCAAUUAGCAAUAGUACACCUAGUAUACAUGUUAGCACAAAUUUACAUCAUCAUCCGGCAUUAAUUACAGCAUCCGUUUUAUCAAAUCCUCAUUUACAUCAUUCGCAUGCACACUCACUUAAUUUACCAAAUUCAAAUUUGAAUCAAUCAUCGCAACAACAGCAACAACAACAGGCCAGUAGUACAUCACCAGUAUCAUUGUUACAUCAUCAACAAGAAAGUAAUCAUAGUAGUUUAACAACAGCGACAUCAAUUACAAAAAAUGAACGUCAUACACCACAUAGUUCUGGUGCUGAAUCAGAAAUUGAAUAUGAUUCAGCUCAAGAAGAAGAAGAUUCAAUAGUAGAUAUUGAAGAUAUGAAUGCUGACGAUGAUCGUUCAACACCAGGACUAGAUAGUAAAUCACCACCGGUAUCUGUUAUGUCAGCAAUGACUGGUGCUACACAACAAAUGUUAACUGGACCACCAGGUUUAGCUGGUCAUGUUCCAAUAAGACCAACUCCAUUUAGUGCAUUAGCUGCAGCAGCAGCAGCAUGGGGUAAUAUGGGUGGUGGAAUGUCAUGGUCAGCUGCAGCUGCAGCAGCUGCCGGUAGACAAUUACCCCCAUUUGGUCCACCCGGUUUAUUUCCUGGUCAAGGGCCUUUUGGUUCUGGAAUUGGUGGAGAUAGUAAUGAACCACCACGUAUUAAGUGCAAUUUACGAAAACAUAAACCAAAUCGUAAACCAAGAACGCCUUUUACAACACAACAAUUAUUAUCAUUGGAAAAGAAAUUUCGUGAAAAACAAUAUUUAAGUAUUGCUGAACGUGCUGAAUUUUCAUCAUCAUUGAGACUGACUGAAACACAAGUAAAAAUUUGGUUUCAAAAUAGAAGAGCAAAAGCGAAACGUUUACAAGAAGCUGAAAUUGAAAAAAUUAAAAUGGCAGCAUUAGGUAGAGCUGGACCAGCUGGUGCUGCACAAUUAUAUAUGGGCUAUUUUCAUCCAAGUUUAAUGCAUUUAGGGUAAAAAGUUUAAAAUAUUAUAAUUAUGAUUUUUUUUUUCCAAAAUAUUUAAAUGUAAAAAUUUACUUUUAUAUUUAUAAAUAAUUAUAAAUCAAAUACUAUACAUUAUAUAAAAUUUCAAAAUUAUAAAAAACAAUUUGUUUUUUUUUUUUAAAAUAAUUCCUAAAAAUUUUAAUUUCCGGAAAAUAAAGAAAAAUUUAAAGAACAUAUGGUUAAAAAAUUUCAAUUAAAAAUUUCUUUUCCUAUAAAAUUUUAAACAGAGUAUAAUUUUAAUUAUUAUAAACUAGAUAUUUAAAAUUUAAACCAAAGAAUUUCCUAACAAAAAGACAUUGUUAUUGAAACUAAUGUAGAACAACAUUCUAAUUUUCCAAGUAGUGUUGAAUAGUCCAAGCGCACAAAAUUAAAAUUUACGUGAUGAAGCAAUUAUAGUUUGAAUUUUAGUUAUUAAUGAAUUACAGAAACUUAAAAACUAAAAUAAUUAAAAAUUUUAAAAUCCAAUUUUCUCUAAAACCAUAUUUUGUCGACUGAGAUAUUUCACCACUAGAUCUGUUCUACAUAAUUCUAAUACAAUUAAAAAAAAUGUAAAACUUUACUUUUAAUUUCUUAAAAUCUAACUAAGUCUCAUUAAAUAAAAUUAGGAGUUUCAUCAAAACAAAAACAAAAAAAUUGAGAGAAAUGUGAGAGCACAAUAAAUUAAACACUCACUCUCGCAUUUGAAGCCUAUAUUAUUUUAUUAAUUAUUAUGCGCUCAAAAUUCAUUUUGUAAAAAUUUCCAGUGAAUAAUGCAUAUUCAUGCAUAACAAUAUUUGUAUAUGUGUAGAUGUGCAAAAGAAAAUCGAGCCAAAUUAAUUAUAAUUGUUUAUUAUUUUUAAAAUUAUUAAAUUCAAUAUUAAUUAUAAUUUAUUAUUUAAAAUAAAAAAACAAAAAAAAAAAUGUUUUUUUUUAUAAGACAAAACGUGUUUAUGAAGC